AUUUGUUCGUUGGACUGUCCGGGGGUAGGUCGAUCAUAAUCAGUUGAAUAACAAUAAAACGGAAGCGAAAACACAGGAUUCCGCACCGUAAAACUACCCCGAUCCAUCCGAAUGGAUGCGGCCAUCAACCCGUCUCUUGACAGCAGCUCUGUGGGUCUAGGGCUGUCUGUCUUGGGCGGGAUGGAGCAGGGUUCAGGCAAGCGUAUUCGGAGACCCUCGCUGCUCUAUGAGGGCUUUGAGAGCCCGUCUCUGCCCCACGUGCCUCCAGCCGGACCCCAUCCGCCCCAGACAGACCGCAGCCGACAGGGACGCACCAAUCAGCUGCAGUUCCUCUACAAGGUCUUGGUGAAAGCGUUGUGGCGCCAUCAUUUCGCUUGGCCUUUCCAUGAACCUGUGGACGCGGUCCGACUCAACUUACCUAUUUGUAAGGCCCUAUACGUUUCAGUUCCAGCGAUAUUGGGAUCUCCAUAUGGCUCUGAGAGUAAAUUCACAACUCUAACCAACCGACCUUCAUAUCAUUCCAAAACGGACUACCAUAAGAUCAUCAAACAGCCGAUGGACAUGGGCUCAAUCAAGAAACGACUGGAGAGUAACUACUACCACAGCGCCAGCGAAUGUUUGCAGGACUUCAACACCAUGUUCACCAACUGUUACAUCUACAAUAAGCCUACAGAUGACAUUGUUUUGAUGGCACAGUCUCUGGAGAAGGUCUUCUUACAGAAGGUUGCCCAGAUGCCCCAGGAAGAGAUCGAGUUGCCCCCUCCUACCCCUAAAGGCAGAGGAGCAAAGACCAUCAAAGGACGUCGAAGCAGAGGAGGAGGAAGCGUAACAUUGGCUCACCAGGUGCCUGCCGUGUCGCAGUCAGCAUACUCUCCUUCCUCUCCCGACACGCCAGAUUCCCGGUUUUCCACCCCACCACAGACCCUGCUGAGCAACAGCGGCCCUCCUCCACCGCUGAUGACCCCACCACCCACCCAACCCACCGCAAAGAAGAAGGGUGUGAAGCGUAAAGCUGACACCACCACUCCCACCACACUCGGCUUCCCAGUGACCGCAGCUGCUCGGAUGGGAGGCAUGGGAAAAGGUCACGGAUUGACUGGAGAGAUGCCCCACUCUCUGAACGACCCCACACACCUCCAGCCCGUCUUGGGGCGACCGCUGUCCCGUCGUCCAAUUAAACCUCCACGUAAGGACCUGCCCGACUCAGUGCGGCCCCAUCAGCCCUCACGCCGGGGGAAACUAAGCAAGCAGCUUCGCUACUGCAGUGGCGUACUUAAAGAACUGCUGUGCAAAAAACACGCGGCGUACGCCUGGCCCUUCUACAAACCCGUGGACACAUCGACACUGGGCCUGCACGACUACAACGACAUCAUCAAACACCCCAUGGAUCUCAGCACCAUCAAGAGGAAGAUGGAUGAGCGUGAGUACAGAGAUGCCCAGCAGUUCAGCGCUGAUGUCAGACUCAUGUUCUCCAACUGCUACAAGUACAACCCACCUGAUCACGAUGUGGUCACCAUGGCACGAAAACUGCAGGACGUGUUUGAGUUCCGCUUCGCAAAAAUGCCUGACGAGGUUUCGGAGGAGGAGGAGUUGUCUCCCAUACCAUUAGGACGGAACAUGGGCAUGCUGGGAAUGCACCACUCCUCCUCUUCAUCGUCCUCUUCUUCCUCUUUGUCGUCCUCUUCCUCCUCGUCGGAGAGCGAGCCGAGCAGUGACAGCGAGCCGAGCAGCGACAGCAGCCCGAGCUCAGACAGCGAGGAGGAGAGAGCUCAACGCCUGGCCCAGCUGCAGGACCAGGUGUGUACUCAGCUCAGAGCGGUACAUGAGCAGCUGGCAGCCCUCUCCUCCGGCCCGAUCGUCAAACCUAAAAGGAAACGAGAGAAAAAGAAGGACAAGAAGAAGAAAAAGAAGCCAGAGAAACACAGAGGAAGUCGAAGUUUGAUGAGUGAUGAGCGGGACAAACCUUCCAAACUACCAAAAAGCAAAUCCAGCCAUGCUUCCCUGUCAUCUACACAGAGCAAGAAAGGCCCUGCGAAGAAAAGCAACAAGAACAAGAACGCAAAGAAAUCCUCCUCCUCUCUUUUCUCCGCGGCUGCUGCCGUCUGCUUGCCGCACUACGACUCUGAGGAGGAAGAGGACGGUCUUCCCAUGAGUUAUGACGACAAGCGGCAGCUCAGCCUGGACAUCAACAAGCUGCCCGGGGAGAAACUGGGCCGUGUGGUGCACAUCAUCCAGUCUCGGGAGCCCUCACUCCGCGACACCAACCCCGAGGAGAUCGAAAUCGAUUUUGAAACGCUGAAGCCGUCCACACUCCGUGAGCUGGAGCGAUAUGUGAUGACCUGCCUGCGCAAGAAGCCCCGCAAACCAUAUGUGGUGAAGAAGGGAGGAGGUGGGAAGAGCCGAGAGGAACUGGCUCUGGAGAAGAAGAGGGAGCUGGAGAGGAGGUUACAGGAUGUGAGCGGACAGCUGAACUCUGUCAAGAAACCCCAGAAACCCAAAGUGGAGAAGCCGAGCGGCGCAGAGCCUCACACCAUAACCUCACGUCUCAGCGCCAGCAGCUCCAGCACAGACUCUUCCUCAUCCUCAUCCUCCUCCUCUUCCUCAUCUGACACCAGUGAAGAGGACUCCAGGUGAAGAGGACUCUGGGAAGGCACAGGAAGUGGGCUCUCUGCAGCACACUGAAUCCAGGACCUAUGUUUACUAUAGUGUAAAAAAAAAUGCACAUACUAUGAAGGAUUUUUUUUCUUUUAUAAAGAAGACUUUUACCAGAAUGCCCAUAAUGGGAAAGAGUGCGUAAUCAUAACUACUUUUCUUAGUUGAUGAAAUAGCUUGUUGUUUUGUUCUGCUUCCAUUUUUACCAUUUAGAAACAUUUCUUACUACUUUUUGCAUUGCUUUAAAGAUCAGGGCCAGUAUUUAAAUCUCUUUGAGCGACCGAAACUUGCCUGAAGAUUUCUAAAGGACCUUUAAGGGGGAACGAAACUUUGCAUUUGCAUUGGCUUUAAAACGUUUAUUUGUCUGCGCCGCGAUGUACUGGACUGUUUUGUACACAGAGUUGUUCAAAAACUUUCCAUUCGUGAAAUGAAACCACUCUAAUUUGAUUUUGAUAUUGCUUUGAACUGUAAAAAAAUGUAUUUCAUUUUUAUUUUUUACAUGAUUGAAUCAAUGUCAAAUUCAAACACUCAUAAAUCUGUCUGAACAGGCAUCUGUAAAAAUUGUAGUAAAUAUAUUCAUUGAAAAGAACAGCCAUAAGGCCUCACUGGACCGGAGGAGAUUGUUCAUGAGCUCUAGAGAAAAGUUAUUAAAAGAAUUUGCAGUUUAAGUUGAA